UUCCACAGUUGCUAAUAUUUCAUUGCACGAGUAAGGGGAAAUUAAAACAUAUUAAAAUGUUAAAGACUUUUAUUUUAGUUUUAAGUGUAUCAUCGAUUGUGGAUCAGACAAAUACCAAAGAAACUAAUGUUGUAAAUCAUAAAAGCUUUGCAAUCGAUUAUGAAAAUAAUAAAUUUUUACUUGAUGGAAAGCCAUUUAGAUAUAUCAGUGGUAGCUUUCACUACUUUCGUACACCUAGAGAAUACUGGAAAGAUAGAUUACGAAAAAUGAGGACUGCUGGAUUGAAUGCAGUUUCAACAUACGUAGAAUGGAGUUUACAUCAACCCGAAGUCAAUAAAUGGGUCUGGGAUGGUGAUGCUGAUAUCGUUGAAUUCAUUAAGCUAGCGCAAGAAGAAAAUUUAUUAGUUUUGUUACGACCAGGUCCAUAUAUUUGUGCUGAAAGGGAUUUUGGAGGAUUUCCAUAUUGGCUUUUAAAAGAAGUUCCUGAUAUUAAAUUACGAACUAGCGAUGCACGAUAUUUAAAAUAUACGGAAGAGUAUCUCCGACAACUUUUGACAAGAGUUGAACCACUAUUGAGAGGUAAAGGUGGACCAAUUAUUAUGGUUCAGGUGGAAAAUGAAUAUGGCAGUUUUUAUGCCUGUGAUAGUGUUUAUAUGAGCAAAUUAAAAGAAAUAAUAAAAAGUUAUGUUAAAAAUCAUGCUGUUUUAUAUACAACUGAUGGCUCAAACAGACAAGCAUUACGAUGUGGCCAUGUCUCAGAUGUUUAUGCAACAAUUGACUUUGGUACAUCUAGCAAUGUCAGAGAAAACUUCAAAAUUAUGCGUGAAUUUGAGCCGAAAGGACCACUAGUAAAUUCGGAAUUCUACUCUGGAUGGUUAAGUCAUUGGGGUGAAUCUUUUCAAAGGGUUGAGACAAAAAUGGUAAUUAAUGUACUCGAUGAAAUGCUAUCCGUUGGCGCAUCUGUUAAUAUAUAUAUGUUCUAUGGUGGUACCAACUUCGCCUACACGUCAGGCGCUAACAUAUUUGGCAACUACACUCCAGAUUUGACUUCUUACGAUUACGAUGCACCAUUGACUGAAGCCGGUGAUCCAACUCCAAAAUAUUUUGAAAUAAGAAAAACUAUUUCCAAGUAUUUAUCAUUACCAGAUAUGCCAACACCAGUUAUAUCUUCUAAAGGUAAGUAUGGUAUUGUAUCAAUGAGACCAGUUAUUCAGCUAUUUGACCCAGAAGCUCGAUAUUUAUUUGGAUCAGUGAAAAUACAAGCAAACGUUCCUCCAACGUUUGAAGCUCUGGGUUUAUCAAAUUGGCUAGUUUUAUAUGAAGCUAAUUUACCACUAAUGAACAAUUCGAACAAUAAUCAAGAACUUAAAGCAACACCAAAAGACAGAGCAUUAAUAUAUUUUGAUGGAAAAUUCUCUACAACUUUAAGUAGGUCGAAUGGCACAAGAAGUAUAUAUUUAAAAUCAAAGAGUACAAAAGAAAUUAAGUUACUUGUGGAAACUCAAGGUCGAGUUAAUUUUGGAAAUGUCGAUGUUGAGGAUUUUAAGGGAAUAUUUAAUGUAACAUUAAAUAAUAUAGAUAUUUCACCGUGGAAUGUCACAGGUUUUAGAUUUGAUAGCAUUUCAGAAUUUGCUUUAGGAUCCAUUAAAUCAUGUAUUACUGAAACAGAAACAUUGUAUACUGGGCCACAAAUUCUCAUUGGGCAUUUCAAUGUCACGGGAGAGGUGAGCGAUACUUUCCUAAAUACAGCCAGUUGGGGAAAAGGAAUUGCUUUCAUUAACGGACACAACCUUGGUAGAUAUUGGUCUUUGAUAGGCCCUCAGUUGACUCUAUAUGUUCCAGCUCCUUAUUUGAUAAUUGGACAAAACUGUUUGAUUUUGGUAGAGUUGGAAUAUGUUCCUAAAAAUCAUAAAAUUCAUUUUCAAACCAAUCCAGUAUUAGAUUAUCCAUAAUUAUUAAAUUUAAUAAAAAUCUAACUUCAUAAAGAAU